GGCCGCCUGGUCUUAAUCCCGCCCCUAUGCACCCGGCGCGCGGAUUGGCUGCGGACCCCGUGACGUCACCAAGCGAAAAAAGCAUUUCUAGAGGCGCCCGCUUCCUGUCAGCGCCAGACGAAGAAGGAGCGGCUCUCUGUCCCGCCCGACGCCGACUUUCCUCCGCCGCGGCGCCGCAGACGCUCCGUCGACCUCCCCCCCGCUCUCCGGCCGAGACGGCGCGGACCUUACAGCGACGCCGAGGACCUUCCAGCGUGUCUCGCCAUGGACGCCGUGCGUGACCGCGGGCUGUAGGCGGCGGGAAUAUAACUCCACGUUUAAAACCAUUUUGGUUUUAAACCUUUUUUUUUUUUUUUUUGAACUGUUUACCGACAUUCUUACCACUCAUUCACUCCUAUUUGAACAAGGUGAGUGUGGGGAGAGAAAAAAAAGGAAAAAAAAAAGUAUUUUGUGCUAACGUCACUUUUCAAGUAUGCUUAUUUAGUUGUUACUUUCUAACAUGUUAUGGACAUUUACCUGGCCGUGUAAUCACCUGAGUGGAGUUAAAGGCAGCCCCUGAAACUUGACUAUGGUACGAUGGUGAACCCGGGAGGAAACAGCCAGCCGCCGCUGCCGCCGCAGGUGGGCUCCGGGUCCCUGUCGUGGAAGCGCUGUGCCGGCUGCGGGGGCAAGAUCGCCGACCGCUUCCUCCUCUACGCCAUGGACAGCUACUGGCACAGCCGCUGCCUCAAGUGCUCGUGCUGCCAGGCCCAGCUGGGCGAGAUCGGCACGUCGUGCUACACCAAAAGCGGCAUGAUCCUCUGCAGGAACGACUACAUCAGAUUAUUUGGGAACAGCGGCGCCUGCAGUGCGUGUGGUCAGUCCAUCCCUGCCAGCGAGCUGGUGAUGCGGGCGCAGGGCAACGUCUACCAUCUCAAGUGUUUCACGUGUUCCACCUGCCGGAACCGGCUGGUGCCGGGGGACCGGUUCCACUACAUCAACGGCAGCCUGUUCUGCGAGCACGACCGACCCGCGGCGCUCAUCAACGGCCAUUUGACUUCCCUGCAGACCAACCCGCUACUGCCCGACCAGAAGGUGUGUUAGGAGGAGGCGGGACAGGAAGCAGGAAGUGUGCCUUCACUCAUGGCCACACAGACUGAUGGAGCCUCCACAGGGGGUCUUCCACACGGAGACUUGCACUUAAGUCCGUACCAGACCUGACUUAAGUCCGUACUAGACCUGACUUAAGUGCGCUGAAAGGGACUCUUGAGGACGAGACCCCACUUAACAGGUCCAUAAGAAUCUUUUCUUUGUUUUGCCCAGAGACAUUUCAGGAGGCGGACUGCUUUCUUCCUGGUUUCUAUCGUCACGACAACAUGGUGAUCCUACUUCUUUUAUUGUGGAGGGAUUCUAAAUCCUUUUUUUUUUUUAAUUCAUCUCUUCUUCGCCGGUGUCAACAAGAUGGCUCUUUGUGCACAAGUGCGUGUAUUUGUGAGAUGAGCAGGUGUGUACAGGUGUGUACAGUAUGCAUGUUAAUGUCCUUGGUGUCCCCGCCCCCAUGGCCACGCCCCCACGUCGUGUAGAGUCUCCCCACAUUUUAUCGCUGAAUGAAAGAGAAAUUUAUUUGUGAUAUUUUCCAAGACAUUUGCUUCAGUACGGUGUAUUUAAUUAAUAAAAAUAUGGAAGAUUUAACUUA